AUGGCUACCCCUAGUGUCCUAGCUUUUGACGCUGAGGGUCGCGCCAUUGAUUUUGAGGUCUGGUUAGACGACCUGCAGCUGUUCUUACAGUGCGACAGGGCUGACGACCUUUCUCUCUUUGACCUCACCUCUGGCGCCUCUCCUGCUCCUGUUGCUGAUGCUGAUCCCACUGUCCGCUCUAAGUGGGCCACCCGCGAUGCUGCUGCACGUCUUGCUGUGCGUCGCCACCUCCCUACCUCUGAGCGUGCGCACUUUAGUCAGUACAAGAGUGCUCAGACCUUGUACGACGCUGUAGUUGCGCGCUACUCCUCCCGUGCCACUGCUGCACUGAGCCGUCUCAUGCUUUCCUACCUCUUUCCUGACCUCUCUGCCUUUCCCACUGUCGCUGACCUCAUUACGCACCUCCGCACUAGUGACACUCGCUACCGCGCCGCCCUUCCUGCUGAGUUCUGCGCUAAGAACCCCCCCCCCAUGUACAUCGCUCUCUACUACGUAGUCGCGCGCCUCCCUGACUCCCUUCGCGUCGCCAGGGACCACUUUCUCGCAGUCUGUCCCACCACCCUCACCGUCGACCUCCUCGAGAAGGCCCUCCUCGCGGCGGAGAAGAGCAUAGUCACUGUAGGUGCUUCUCGUGGUGACCCUCGCACCCCCAUCUUUGAGGGGUGCUCUCCUUCCCCCUUGCUGCCCUCUGUUGCCUCUGCUGCUGCUGCCGACCUGCUUGGUCUUGAGUCGGUCGGCGCGGCGUCUGCCCCUAGUGGGAGACGUCGCUCCAGCAAGGGCAAGGGGGGCAAGGGCGCGGGUGGAGCUGGAGGGGGCGGUGGCGGUGGCGGCGGUGGCGGCGGAGGGAGUGGGGGUGGCGGCGGGACUAGUGGCGGGGGUGGUGGUGGUGGUGGCAGCAGCGGCGGAGACGGUGGUGGUGGUGCCAGCGGUGGUGGUGGAGGCAGCGGCGGUGGUGGAGGCGGCGGAGGUGGAGGCGGUGGAGGCGGCAGCGGAGGAGGCGGUGGUGGUGGAGGAGGUGGAGCUGGUCGAGGUGGUACCCAGCAGCGUAGCGGCGGUGGUGGUGGCCAGCGCUCGCAGCGGCAGCAGCAGCAGCGCUCGCGGGACAUCCCUUCGCCUCAGCAGCUUCGUGAGUGGGCUGGUGUAGCGAUCAUUGAUCUUGAUUUUGAUGCUAUCCUUGCUGCUAUGUAUGUUGUGGAUUAUAGUGAGGAGAAUGAGGGUUACCGUUGUUUCCAGCCCGACCCGGGCAUUGGUACUGCUGCGCUAGGUGCUUGUGAGGCUGCUGCUCUAGGUGCCAAUGCGUCUGUGCUCUCAGGUACUGGUGAGACUGCGCUCUCAGGUACUGCGUCGUCCUCGUCCUCCCUCACUUUCACACUUGACUCCGGAGCUUCUCGCUCCUUCUUUCGAGACCGCACUACCCUUACGCCGCUCGGCCGGCCGGUUGCGGUCUCCCUUGCUGACCCCUCUGGGGGUCCUGUCCUGUCUCACUUCUCCACUGUCCUCCCGUGUCCGGCUGCCCCUUCGGGCACCCUGUCGGGUCCGUACCUUCCCUCGUUCUCUACGAACUUGGUGAGUGGAGCGGACCUGCAGGAUGUGGGGGUUCACCAGUUCACUCCUGCGAGUCAGAGGGUGACCCACUGCACGGAGGCAAACACAGGCCGACACCUGGCCACGUUCUCGCGUCGGCCGGGGUCGAGUCUCUACACCCUGACCGUUGAGUCUCCUCCUGUCCCUGCGUCUGGUCAGGUGGCUGCGUUGGGUCAGGUGCUUGCUGCUGCGUCCCGGUCAGGUCCUGAGUCUGCCCCCUGUUCUUGUCGCCUCCUGUCUCACGAGACUCUUCUGUGGCACCACCGUCUUGGCCACCCCUCCUUGCCCCGUCUUCGGAGCAUGGCUUCCCGUGUCCUUGUCUCUGGUCUUCCCCAGUCUCUCCCUCCUCUCCCCUCCGGGCCAGGACCUUCCUGUGUCCCCUGUGUCGAGGGUCGCCUCCGGGCUACUCCUCACUCCUCCCACUUCCCCCCGACAGAGGCUCCCCUGCAGACGCUUCACAUGGAUGUGUGGGGGCGAGCCCCCGUCCGUGGGCAGGGUUACGAGCGCUACUUCCUGUUGGUGGUUGACGACUACUCGCGUUACACCACAGUCCUCCCCUUGCGCAGCAAGGGUGCGGUCACUGAGGUGCUGAUCGACUGGAUCCGCGAGGCUCGUCUCCAGCUCAGGAAGAGCUUCGGCUUGGACUUUCCUGUUCUGCGUCUGCACUCUGACAGAGGCGGAGAGUUCUCUUCUCGCCUUCUGCGGGACUACUGUCGUGCACGGGGGAUCCGCAAGACCUUCACGCUUCCGGACUCACCACAGCAAAAUGGGAUUGCUGAGCGCCGCAUUGGCAUGGUCAUGGAUGUCGCUCGUACGUCCAUGAUGCAUGCGGCUGCCCCCCAUUUUCUGUGGCCGUUUGCGGUGAGGUACGCGGCGCAUCAGCUCAACCUUCACCCCCGGGUCUCUCGGCCUGCGAUGUCCCCAGCCUUGCUGUGGACGGGGAAGGUUGGCGAUGCGUCUGUGUUCCGUAUCUGGGGAUCUCGGGCGUUUGUCCGCGACUUGUCUGUGGACAAGCUGUCCCCUCGUGCUGCUCCCUGUGUCUUCCUUGGCUUCCCCACUGACGCCCCAGGGUGGCAGUUUUACCACCCCUCCUCUCGUCGUGUUCUGUCCUCCCAGGACGUCACGUUCGACGAGUCAGUCCCCUUCUACCGUCUCUUCCCCUACCGCACUCCUUCCCUCCCCCCUCCCCCGGACUUCCUUGUGCCGGUUCCCCCCCCGGUAGACCCCCUCCCCCCUCAGGUUCCUGCCCCCUCAGGUGUGUCCCAGGUAGACGCCGUUGACCCGGUCGAGGUUACUGGUGACUCUGGUGCUGCUGCGGGUGCUGAGCCUGGGGGUGCUGACUCUGGGGGUGCUGUGCGCGGGGGUGCUGAGCCUGGGGGUGCUACUGCUGGGGGUGCUGGGCCUGAGGGUGCUACUGCGGAGGGUGCGGAGCCUGGGGGUGCUGAGCCGGGGGGUGCUGUGCCUGGAGGUGCUGGGUCUGGGGGUGCUGGGUCGGGAGCUGCUGAGCCUGGGGGUGCUGAGCUGGGAGCUGCUGAGCCUGGGGGUGCUGCGUCUAGAGCUGCUGAGCCUGGGGUUUCUCCUGCUGCUGCGUCUCGCCGGGAGCCCCUCUCUCCACAGGAGCUGCGCGAGUGGUUCGCUCGCCGCUGGAGGCGUGCUGCUGAGUCUGGAGGUGCUGCUGGAGCUGGAGCUGGAGCUUCUUCGACCGUCGAGGGUGCGGGUGCUGCCGGUCCCGGAGCUGCUGGACCUGCGGGUCCUCCUGGAGCUGGAGCUGCUGAGGGCGUUGGUGCUAAGCCUACUGCUGUUGGUCCUGCCGCUGGAGGUGUGGGUGGCACUGGUGCUGUCGCUGAGGGUGCUGGUGCUGUCCCUGCUGCGUCUGGAGCUGCCGCGCGGCCUCGGCCGUACUUCGUUCCGCUCCUGCAGCAGGUUCUUGGUCUUUCUCCUCCAGUAGAGG